CUUCCUUCUCCAUCCCCUCCCCGUCCUACAUAACGGAGCCCGUGCAUUUUCUCCCCACCUGUUCUCCAUCGGCCCAAAGAGUUCGACACGUGCACCGCCUCCGUACGCCAGGGGCCAAGACGCGGCCAUGGCCGAGGCCGGGGAGCUGGUGGUGAGCGGCGCCCAGCAGGACGACAUGCUGCGGGUGGUGGCCGCCCUGGCCGGCAUCCUGGAGCGCGUCACCGAGCGCAACGACGCGGUGGCCACGCCCGCGGAGGCGGCGCCGGCGUCGGCGUUCCGGGCGACGACCAAGCCGGGCAUCUCGGUGCGCGCGUACGUGGCGCGCAUCGCGCGGUUCGCCGGGUGCAGCCCCGCGUGCUACGUCGUCGCCUACAUCUACCUCGACCGGCUGCUGCACCGCGCCCGCCGCUUCGCCCUCGCCGUGGACUCCUACAGCGUGCACCGUCUCCUCAUCACGACCGUGCUCGCCGCCGUCAAGUUCAUGGAUGACGUAUGCUACAACAACGCCUACUUCGCCAAGGUCGGGGGCAUCAGCCUGGUCGAGAUGAACUACCUGGAGGUUGACUUCCUGUUCGGCGUCGGGUUCGACCUCAACGUCACGCCGGAGACGUUCGGCCACUACUGCGCCGUGCUCCAGUCCGAGAUGCUCUGCGCGGAGGCUCCUUCUGCGCCGCCGAGGCUGCAGUACUGCUGUCUCACUGAAUCCGAGGACGAUGCCGCCAGCUGCGGCAGCCAGCAGCAGCUGGCGGCAUGAAGCCGCCGGCCGGCCAGCACCGCGCUUGGAAGCAAGUUCGCAUUACAUGGCCUGUUGCAUGAUGCCUGCAUUUCUGUUAGUCUGUAUUUAAGUUUGUAGUGCUAGCUAGCUAGGUGGUCGUCGCCUUCUUCCAUGCCCUGCUGCAUGAUGCUUGCAACAAUGCUUUCUCGUCCUUAGUUUUUGUUUGUUGUGGUCGUGUAGGUCAGUGAAACACUAGCGUGUUAGGCUUUUGCCGGAUUUUUCUCUUGUGAAACGGAUUGUACAGUCUUGAACCUGUUGGUAACUUUAGCAUUCCAUAUGUAUAUAUUGUCACAUUGGGUUAUAGUGACACUGACACCAAAA